CAGUAGUUCCAGAAAUGUUCUCAUUCCUCUGGCCACGAACAGCAGAGCUCCAGUUUCUCAUCUCUUCCUAAAUGAGCAGCCCUGCCUACAGGCUAAAUUCAGGGGUGAGGACAAGAACUGCCAUCCAAACAUAGAUCCCGUCUGGUGAACAGUUUUGGAAUGGAAUUUCUACAUUUUUUGGUGAGGAUGGGUUGUAUCCAGUCCCCAAUUCCAGCAUAUUGCGGGAGUUUAGAGUUACUACUUCCAAGGGGAAAUGUGGCGGUAGAGAAUGGGAUCUCUCUCCAGUUGGGGAGUUGCAGUUGUCCCCUCCCUUGAGAGUUAAUCCAGCUGGGCAGGCCAACAGCCUGGCUAAGGGAUCACCCCCCAGGAAGGUGGAUCCACUUGAAUAUGUGCUUAAGAGAUAGAAGGAAUAACUGUCUCUCUAAUAGGACCAUUGCCUUUUCCUUCCAGGGUCCCCGUCCUCUGUAGUUGAUGCACAGCCACCAUAAGUUUCCCUUGGGUCUGUCUGCCUUUCUAAGUGAAGAAAGGCAUCAUGGCCCCUUUUCUUCUCUUCUUUUUCUGUUGGAUGCUAGCCAGAGCCUAAGCAUGCUUUCUCUGGUAUUUUGGGCUUCUUCCCUCUCUCUCUAAAGCUCCUCUCCCCAUCUACAUAACUACUUAUUCACCAUGUGGCUGACCUCCACAGCAGCUUACCUGAAACAGCAUGGCUUUUCUUUCUCUUCUCCGCCUUCCUCAUCCAGCCAAGAUUAUAGCUAGUCUGCACUAGGGUUUUUCUUUUAAACUAACAAAGUUGUUCCUGAGCUUCAAGAAAGACAAAUUAAAGAUAAUUCAAGAUAGACAAUAAAAUUAUACAGAUAUUGUUUACAAUUGGACUUGUGUCUCUUUGCCCUCAUCCUAGGUGAAUCGCCAUAAAUCUAAUUACUUUUAGAUGUGGAAGAAUUUACAUGUGACUGUGGUUAAAACAGCAAUAAUUCAAGUCACUCCGCAUUUGGGGGUGCAUGUAAAAUGUGCAGGCACUGUUUUGCGCGUCCUGAGUAUUCAGUAAUAAGUAAAACAGAGAAAACCCCAUCCUUGUGUUUCAAAUCCCACCCUCAUGUUUCCACUGCUCAUCACACACCUGCUCUUGUAAUUAGACUUUAGCAAGUAUUACCAAAUGUAACAUAUGAUACAUCUUUUAAAUAGUUGUAUAGCAAUCUGUAGUAUAGAAAUGUGAGAGUAUAUUCAACUAUUCGUUAUGUUGUUGGGUCUUUUUUCAACCGUUCUUUGUGAAUUGAGAGUCCAUUUAGAUUUUGUUUUGAUUUUUGCAAUCAUAGUUACAAUAAACACCAAUUCAACAGAAUCACGUGCGUAUAAUUUAUAUGCACAAAUAGUGAUUAUUAUUUCUAAGGGAAAAUCUAACCUGGGUGAGUACAAAGUUACCAACAAGUCUGUGUUUCCCAGUUGGAUGCUCUAACUGGAUCUUGCCUUUCCCAGGUAUGCGGUAUGCGGAGGCUCUGGUACUAUCCACCUGUGUGGUGCUGAAGAAGGAACUCAUUUUCUCCAUCGGAACGCAGUUCCGUACACCUGGUCUCCCUUUGCCGCUCAGAAUCUUCAGCCGUCAAUGUCUAUGAGAAAGCCUUUCAAAACCACAUUUAACUUACAAAUGCAAACCCCGCAGUGUCGUCUGAAGUACUCGGCGGUCGUCCUUUGGCUCAUCCUUCCUCUUGGAGGUUGUCACGACCUACACCUUAAGUGCCACACUAGUUUACCUUUGACAGAGCCAGUUAGUUCUCCCUUACAGAUUCGCGUAAAUAUAUGUGAUUGACUACGGUGUCUUUUUUGAGGCAAGAAAUGUACAAUGGAAAUGGACAUACAGGACUCUCUCGGCCUCUCCCCGACCCCUUUCUGCCUAACCCGCAUCUGUCUUUCCACCCGCACCUGAUCUAGUGUAGCUUCCGCUCCACAUGAGAAGGAACUCUGCCUUCCCGGGCCAUUUGCCCUAAGCUCUAGAAAGGAUACACUCAUUUCCUGAAAUUUAAAUCACUAGCUAGCAGUUUUCUACCCCGUUUCCCGUCAGUUGCCUCGCCUCCAUUUCCCAUCUCAGCCUCUUCACUCCAAAUCUCAGCUCAGACACUCUAGAAAGGAAAUCCACAUCUCCUGGUGCCUAGACACUGGGGGCUCUGCUCCUUGGUGUAGCAAUUAAUCUUCGCCCAGUGCCUGCCCGCCCCAUCCUCCUCCUCGCAUCCGGUGCUGUUCUAGGAGGAGCCUACACGUCAGUCCUGCUGAAGGGGAUUGUGGUGCGUAAACAGGAUUAACUCUCUAGCCCCCAGCUGUGCUGAUUUGCGGGGCAGCCUGCCAGUCCAGUCCCCGAGAGCCCUCGCCGUGCGUGCAGAGCCCAGAGCGUGGAGCGGGGGAUGGGGCAGCCAGCUGCCUCCGUGCUGUGUCUGGGGCUGGCUCCGUGGCUGAGUGCGGUGGAGGGCCACAGCCUCAACAGCAGCUGCUCAAAAUCUGGGGUGGACGGAGGCGACCGCUGCUAGCUGUGGCCUGCAUCCAUCUGCUCCCUCUUCCUCCCUGCCUGUCCCCUCCGCCCAUCGCGCUGCAGCAGCUCCCUCCAACCCACACUGUCCAUCAUCACCAGGGCCAGGGUUGCCAGCCCCUCUGCCAGCUAUGGGGGACCUACCGGGGCUCGUGCGCCUUUCCAUCGCGCUGCGCAUCCAGCCCAAUGACGGCCCUGUUUUCUUCAAGGUGGACGGGCAGCGCUUUGGCCAGAACCGCACAAUCAAGCUGCUCACCGGCUCCUCCUACAAGGUGGAGGUGAAGAUCAAACCCACAACACUGCAGGUCGAGAACAUUUCCAUUGGUGGUGUGCUUGUCCCACUGGAGCUGAAGUGUAAAGAGCCUGAUGGGGAGAGAGUUGUCUACACGGGGAUAUAUGAUACAGAAGGUGUAGCUCCUACCAAAAGUGGUGAGCGACAACCCAUCCAGAUCACCAUGCCGUUCACAGAUAUUGGGACCUUUGAGACAGUGUGGCAAGUCAAGUUCUACAAUUACCACAAGCGAGACCACUGCCAGUGGGGAAGCCCGUUCUCUGUCAUUGAGUAUGAAUGCAAGCCCAACGAGACACGCAGCCUCAUGUGGGUGAACAAGGAGUCCUUCCUCUGAAUACAGCUCCUUCGAUGUUGCUAGACAAUCUCCAGAAAUCUACGUUUAAACAGACCAGCACAAGCCUUAACCAAGGCACACCACACCAUGGCUGUUUCCCAAUGACCUUCUAACCCCAAUUAUUUUGAACGUGUGAUUCCUCUCUGAUACAGUAGCUGUGACAUGAAAGAUGAUGUCACAUCCCUGAAAGUUCUCCGUCCACUACUCUAUGCUGGUGUUCCUGCAUCUAUCCACACUCCAUCACACUGUCUGCCAGUGUGACUGGAGCUUGAUGGGACUAGCAGGUUUGUCCUAGACCCAAAAGGUCCGCAGGACCAUGGUGUUUUGUUUUCAAGAGAAGCAAUGCCUCCCUUUUGUGUUCAUUGUCAAAUUAAAAUAACAAUGUGCUUGAGUCCCCCGUGUGUGUGAUAUUGUAACAUGUAGCAUGCAAUGUUUGUGAGCAUCCAAAGCAGACUUUGUGGAAAUGUAACACAAUCAGCAGUAAAUGGGAUUCGAAUGCUGAACUUACUAUCAACAGCCCAGCUUUCUAAGAGAAAGAAAGAAAAUGGCAGAAUAAAAAGAUGAAUCUAUAAAGAAACAUUUAUAAUGUAUUAAUAGUCUUUCAAGUAGCAAGGUGUUAUGCUGUGGCUAGCAGAAAGAGGGAUAAGACAUUGUUGUGGAACUGGAACUUUGGAUCACCCUUUUGGCAAGCUACCAUAGACCAAACAUGCAUAGAGAUGGCAUCCCUACAUACCAUUUCACUUGAACUUUGUACAAUCGUGUCUGGAAUGGUAAUCAACUUUUGAUAUUUCUUAAUAAAGACAUUGAAAAUCGUG